CACAAGCUUCGAAGCCUUGGUAUCAGGCAUAACAUCACUAGUAAGAUCUCAAACAUGGCUCAGCAGGAAUUCAAAAUGCUUAGUGACAAAAUGUUCAUGUACAAAAGAACUGUCUUUAGCUUGGCAGACAACUGUGAUCUUACUCCAGAAUAUAUUGACAGUAUAGCAGAUUUUGAAACCAAAGAUGAUGAUGUCUUUGUUGUUACCUUCCCGAAAUCUGGUACGGUAUGGACCCAACGGAUCGUGACGUUAAUAUAUGCUGAAAAUUUCCCAGACAAAGCCAACCAAAUGACCGUCGAUCAGAUGCCCUGGAUAGAGUAUCGGAUGACGGGGACAGAUUACAACACACGUCCAUCUCCAAGACUCUUCUGUUCCCAUUUACUCCAGCCGCUGAUGCCCAAAAUGCUGCAAAGAAAAGGAAAAGUCAUCUAUGUCAUGAGAAACCCUAAAGAUGUCAUGGUGUCAUAUUUCCACUUUUCCAACAACAUGAAAAACCUGGAUUCUACUGAGAGCUUCGAUGAGAUGCUGGAAAAAUUCUUCACAGGGUUAAUGUCUGGUGGUUGUUGGUUUGACCAUGUUAAGGGAUGGAUCACAAACAAAGACAAAUACAACAUCCUGAUCCUCACUUAUGAAGAAAUGAUCAAGGACCUUAGAUCCGUUGUUGUGAAAAUCUGUGAGUUUUUGGGAAAGAAUCUGUCAGACGCAGCAAUCGAUGAAGUGGUGGAAACAGCCACAUUCAAGCACAUGGAGAAAGACCCCUUGGCCAACUAUGAAUGCGUUCCUGACAUCAUCACAGACCGUCCAAAAGGACUUUUUUUGCGCAAAGGAACAGUUGGGGACUGGAAGAACUAUUUAACCGUGGCUCAGAGUGAAUGUUUUGACCGCGUCUACCAAGAAAGAAUGAAGGACGUACCUCUGAACAUGGUCUGGGACAUCUCAGAACUGCAUGGCUGAAAACUUAACAUCACACAAAUAAUGCACACAACUGCUUUUGAUACUUCCUUUAUUUGUAAUUGACAUGGUUCCAUUAAAUAUUUACAGUACUUCAUGAAAACGGUUUAGUGUCUCAACCGUUGUCGGAAGAGGUAGGCUAACUCUCCCUGGUGAAAAAACCAGCAUAUGCUGGUAGGUAUGUUUUGAUGCUGGGAUGCUGGUUAGGUAGGUUUUGAUGCUGGGAUGCUGGUUAGGUAGGUUUUGAUGCUGGUUUAAGCUGGUCCUUUGCUGG